GUACCUGUAGUAGCUGUAGUACCUGUAGUAGGUGUAGUACCUGUAGUAGCUGUAGUAGCUGUAGUACCUGUAGUAGCUGUAGUAGCUGUAGUACCUGUAGUAGGUGUAGUAGCUGUAGUAGCUGUAGUAGCUGUAGUACCUGUAGUACCUGUAGUAGGUGUAGUACCUGUAGUAGGUGUAGUAGCUGUAGUACCUGUAGUACCUGUAGAAGCCGUAGUAGCUGUAGUAGCUGUAGUAGCCGUAGUACCUGUAGUAGCUGUAGUAGCUGUAGUAGGUGUAGUAGCUGUAGUACCUGUAGUAGGUGUAGUACCUGUAGUAGGUGUAGUAGCUGUAGUACCUGUAGUAGCCAUAGUAGCUGUAGUAGCUGUAGUAGCCGUAGUACCUGUAGUAGCUGUAGUAGCUGUAGUAGGUGUAGUAGCUGUAGUACCUGUAGUAGGUGUAGUACCUGUAGUAGGUGUAGUAGCUGUAGUACCUGUAGUACCUGUAGUAGCCAUAGUAGCUGUAGUAGCUGUAGUAGCUGUAGUAGCUGUAGUACCCGUAGUAGCUGUAGUAGCUGUAGUACCUGCAGUAGCUGUAGUACCUGUAGUAGGUGUAGUACCUGUAGUAGCUGUAGUAGCUGUAGUAGCUGUAGUAGGUGUAGUAGCUGUAGUACCUGUAGUACCUGUAGUACCUGUAGUAGCUGUAGUAGCUGUAGUAGCUGUAGUAGGUGUAGUACCUGUAGUACCUGUAGUACCUGUAGUAGCUGUAGUAGCUGUAGUAGGUGUAGUAGCUGUAGUAGGUGUAGUAGCUGUAGUAGCUGUAGUAGCUGUAGUACCUGUAGUAGGUGUAGUACCUGUAGUAGGUGUAGUACCUGUAGUAGCUGUAGUAGCUGUAGUAGCUGUAGUACCUGUAGUAGCUGUAGUAUCUGUAGUACCUGUAGUAAUAGUAAUAGUAAUAGUAAUAAAUUGCUUUAUUUGCAUUACCGCAUCAUUUUACAGUAUUGCAAAAGCAUGUAUAUGACAAUCAAAAUAUAAAACAAAACAGCACUAAUAAUAAUCUAGAAAAAUUCGGUUACAUUACUAACAAUGAAUCACGUAUUUUCAUGCAGGAGGAAACAAACUUCAUAACUAACUUAUUUACUUGAUGUUCCUUCGAAUUCAUUAUCAGUUUUAUGCUUUCUGGAGAUGAUGUCUUGUCAAAGUCAGGUAUUAUUCGAUUGAUUUGAUUAAUAAAUGCCGGUCUCUGUACUGAGUAUUUGUUACAUUGAAAGAGGAAAUGAAUCUCAUCUUCUACCUGAUUUGAGUUACAUAAAGGACAUAAUCUAUUUUCUCUUGGCAAAUGAUCGAUUUGGUAUCUACCAUGUUCAAUCAUAAGUUUGUGAUUACUUAUUUUAAAUUUAACAAAAUUCUGUCGUUCGUCAUAAUGUCUUAGCUGGUAGAGAUAAUCAGAUGUAGAAUAUUCAUCUUUAAAAGUUUUAUAAAAUUCUAGUUUUUUUUGAAUUUUCGAGGCUGUGCCGCCAAAAGAUAGAUAUUUCUCUCUCAUUUCUGUGGUAUAUCGUCUAAUUUUAUCAUUAUCUAGAGAUUCAGCAUCUAAACUGGUUAGAUUGUAUUGUUCAAGCAUGUUUAUGAAAUUGGAAAAAUAUCCGAAUUAUUCAUAGAAUGUAAAUUCUUUGACAUAAGGAAAGACUGUUUGACUAUAGAGUCAUUAUCUUUGUUGUUGAGGUAAACAAAAUAUUUCAUAAUUUUCUGAUUUAUCGGGAUAAGCAGCGGCAGUCUAUCAAGUUCAGCUCUGCAGGCUAUGUUAGAGGCCUUAUUGUUAACCUCUAAGUAACGUUUACAGAAUUUGAGGUGGAUUUUUUUCUAUUGGGGAGCUAUCCCAUUUUUUAAAAUCUUGCUUGGUGUACAUUCCCCAUACCUCGCUGUUGUAACUCAAGAUUGGGAAUACCAUGGUGUCAAAAAUUUGGGAUGCGGUAUUAGGAUUAAGUUUGUUAAGAAUUGUCCGCUUCCGAAUACUAGAAAACGCGUGAAGGGCCUUUUCUUUUAAGUGUUCGAGUGCAAGUGUAAAGUUUCCCGUUGGAGUUAAACGUGUACCUAAAUAAGUGUAUUCUUGGACAAUUUCAAUUGACUCACUGCCUAUGUUGAAUUUGAUGUCAAUAGAUUUUUUUGGGCGUUUCUGGAAUAUCAUAAUUUUUGUUUUCUUCGGAUUAAUUUUUAGCUUCCAUUUGUCACAAUACAAAGAAAGCGCAUUUAAACAGUUCUGUAAUCCAGUUUUCGAUCUUGAUAGAAUAACUAAAUCAUCUGCGUACAAAAGUGAAUUUAUUUUUUUCCCAUUUGGGAGAACAAAUGGGUCAGAUAAGGUGUUUUCGAAUAAAAGUGGUAGAUUGUUUAAAUAGAGGUUAAAUAAAAGAGGGCUUAAAAUACAGCCUUGACGUACACCUCUGGAAUAUGAAAAAGGCUGUGUUUUGUUUUCACCGAUUUUGAUGGAACAUGUCGAGUUGCAAUAAAGACUUUUCAUGAGGUUGUACAAGUUUCCCCCUAUAUUCGUUUUUAGCAGCUUAUAAAACAAUCCUUCGUGCCAAACAGAGUCAAACGCUUUGCGGAAAUCUGCGAAACAAGCGUAGACUUUUUCCUUGUGAUAAUGCACAUAUUUAUCUAUUAGGGUCCUUAGAGUGAAAACAUGGUCUGCAGUGCGGUUUUCAGGCAAAAAGCCAAUUUGGGAAUUAUGUAAUAUCUUAUUUUCCUCAAAAUACAAGUGAAGUGUUCGAUUUAAAAUAGAACAGAACAGUUUUCCAAGGCAACUAGAAACACAUAUGCCUCUGUAAUUUGUUGGAUCACUCUUGUCACCAGAUUUGUAAAUUGGGGUUAUGAGGCCUUGACACCAAACAUCUGGCAUUUUUCCGGAUUGUAAAAUGAGGUUAAAAAGUUUGACAUAGACAGGCAUUAGUGGUUCGAGGCUUGCUUUGAUCAUUUCAUUUCGUAUUUUGUCAACAAAUGGUGAUUUCUUAUUUUUCAAUUUCUUCGCCGCUUGACGUAUUUCCCUCUCAGUUAUCUCAUAAUCGAGAUGGUUAAACUGUUCCUUUUCGUGUUCUAAAGAAUUUAGUUCCCUAUGGAUUUCAUGUUCAUGCGUGGAAUUCGUCGGGUCAAUAGAAUGCAGAGAUUUGAAAUGGUGAAGCCAUGAUUCUUCCGAGAUUGGGGCAGGAACAUUUUCGUUGAAAGUGUCGCUCAUCGAAUUUAAACAAUUCCAAAAUGACGCCUUGUCAGGAUUUAAAGCUAGUUCGUCGAGUUGUAAUGUUUUUUCUUUGUGGAAUCCUCUCUUCUUUGUGCCUAGGAGCUUUUUGUAAUCAUUCAAGGUAGUAGCUGUAGUAGCUGUAGUACCUGUAGUAGGUGUAGUACCUGUAGUACCUGUAGUAGCUGUAGUAGCUGUAGUACCUGUAGUAGCUGUAGUAGCUGUAGUAGCUGUAGUAGCUGUAGUAGCUGUAGUACCUGUAGUAGGUGUAGUACCUGUAGUAGGUGUAGUACCUGUAGUACCUGUAGUACCUGUAGUAGCCGUAGUAGCUGUAGUAGCUGUAGUAGGUGUAGUACCUGUAGUAGCUGUAGUA